AUGCUGAAAUAUCUGGGGGUGAAGAGGUCGAGCGGUUCGGAGACGGACCAGUCGGAGGGGAGCGAUGUUGCGCGCAGUUACUCCCUGGAGGAGCUGAAGACAAAGAUGGAGGCUGCGCAGAAGAAGCACUUUGGUUAUAAAAAUUUGAAGGGUUUUCAAAUAGAGGCAGUGAAUGCCGUGUUCAACAAGAGAGACAGCUUAAUCGUGAUGGCCACAGGGAUGGGGAAAUCCUUGUGUUACCAAAUACCUUCCCUCAUGGAAGAAGCAAAGAAUAAAUUCACAGUGGUAAUAUCACCGCUAAUAUCGCUAAUGACAGAUCAGGUGGAUAAUUUGAACAGGAAGAGAAUCCCUUCUGUGUUUUUAGGUAGUGGGCAGAAGGUAAGUAACCAGCAAGUGUUAACAGAAGUGAAGCAAGGGAUGUACAAGAUAGUAUAUUGUAGCCCAGAGUAUGCAUUAUUGAAUAAGCAACUUUUUUUAGUGUUAAGAAAGAGGAUUUUAUUAGUAGCCAUUGACGAAGUGCACUGCAUGUCUGAGUGGGGACAUGACUUUAGACCUUCCUACAGAAAAUUAAAUGAAUUAAGAGAAAAUUUAAUUGGUAUCCCUUUUAUGGGGUUAACAGCUACCUGCACAAGAGAGGUUCAAAAAGAUAUUGUAAAAAACCUCGAUUUUGAUGUAAAGACCUGUCUUAUAAAAACAAGUAGCGUUAACAAGAGGAACCUUUUUUAUUGCGUCCGGGAGAAAACAAAUAUAUUUAAUGAUUUGAAGGAUGUUCUCGAUAUUCCUAAUAACAAAUCAUUGGAGAGGACAAAAAGGUUCAUUGACAAUUCUAAAAUAUGUCCCUACAACUCUACUCUUAUAUAUGUGAACUCCAAGAAGGAGUGUGAGAAUAUUUUUUCUUUUCUGCUCGAGAAGGGAUUGCUUGUUCGAAUGUACCAUGCAGAUUUGUCUAAUGACGAGAAGAAGGAAGCUCAUGAAAAAUUUUUAAAAGAUGAAGUACAGAUCAUUGUGGCGACAGUAGCAUUUGGUAUGGGGAUUGACAAACCGGAUAUAAGGAGAAUAAUUCAUUAUGGCUUUUCUCGUUCCUUGGAGGCUUACGUGCAGCAGGUAGGAAGAGCUGGUCGAGACAAUAGCAAUGCAGAAGCCAUUCUCUUCUUUCAUAUAAAUGAUGAGUCGAAAAUAAAAAAUAUUUUGUUAAGAGAAAAUAUAGCCAAUAAUUUAAUUGAAACAAAUUUUCAACGCGUUGAACAUAUCGUUAGUAUGUUUACAGAGGCUUCGGACUAUGCCUACUCGACCAUCUGCAGGAGGAAAAAAAUAUAUGACUACUUCGAUGAGACACCUGAUACAUGUACAGAUGUGGAUGUGUUUGAGCGUGAAGAGAACUGUGGGGUUUGUUUUUAUGUGAAGAGGUACGACAUGUACUUGUGUGCGAAUUGCGAUAAUUGUUCUUACUACCUGGGGGAGAUUCGCGGGGCGGACAAUGCAAAGAUGGGUGGUGCGCACAUGGCUGGUGCGCAUACGGGUAGUACGCUCAUGGCUGCUACUCACAUGGGUGGUGCACAUAUAGCUGGUACGCACAUGGCCGGUGCGAAGGUGAAGGGCGUGCAUGUGGAUGACGUGGGUGCAGGGCCCGGGCUGAAGCAACCCUGGGCAGACGCCACCGCCCUACUGAAGAAGGACCCCCGCAACGGCGUGAAUGCUACUCUACUUAAGAGCAACGCCCCACAAACAGUACCCGCGGACCAAGGAAUAGACCUCUCGGCUGAACUGAAAACGUUAAUCGGCUGCAUUUCCUCCCUUAAGGGAAGAACCGGUAUCGGAGUCAUCUGCAAAGUGUUAGUGAAAAGCAAAGAAGCAUGUAUAAUUAAAAAAGGAUAUCACAACAUAAAGGAGUAUGGUAAUGGGGCACACAAAAGCACCAGCUGGUGGUCUUCCUUUCUUAAAGUGGCAAGAAACGAUAAGUACAUAAAGGAAACGUUGGUAUAUGGUAAAGAUUUGAGUUACCUUAGUGUAGGUGUAACCCCGAAAGGGGAGGCGUUUAUUAAAGAUUCUGAACAAAGGUACAUUGUUAGAUUACCCUUCUUUCUUAAAGACAAGGAAAAGAAGCCAAAGACCACCAAAGGAAAGAAAAAGAGUAAUACGUUAAGGAAUAAAGAUGAGGCAUUUGAGCAUUCAUAUGAUGGUGAAGGGUUUGGUCAGCGGAACACAGUCCGCAAUUUCGAGCAUGAUUUCACUUAUAGCGGAAGGGGAGAGUAUGUGAAUGGGGGAGAGUAUGCGAAUAGGGGAGAGAAGAAAUUUGAGGGAGAAGCACUACCUCCUCCUUUCAUGAACUCUCUGCAUGGUAGAGUCUCCCACGAAGCUGAAGGAGUUUACCCGAUAAAAGAAGCCAUUAUUGAAAAAAAGAAUAACGUGCCAGAUAACAAAUAUCGCUACUUCAAUGCGGACAAGAAUGAAUGUCGUAGGGAGCCACAAUAUAAGGAGGAGAAACUGACGGAAGAAAAAAUAAAUGAUUCUAUUAUGCGAAUUUUACUUAGGACCAGAAUGAUAGAAGCGAGACAACAGAACAUCCCCCCUUUUCAGUUAAUAUCGGACAAGCCUUUAAAAGACAUAUGCCACAAACGACUUACAUCUGUGCAUCUGAUUAGAAAACACGUGGAUAAUAUUUCGCCCGUUUGUCCUAACUCCUUUUUGGAAAAACUCAUUUCAGGUAUUAGAGGUUUUUGCUUGCUACAUGACUUAGAUAUGAAUAUAAAUCUGAACACAGCUAGCCAAAAUAUGGGUUCAGCUGAACCCGUUGAAAGGGGCACAUCUAGUCUGAACAAAUUUUCCAACUUAAUUUCGUCCUUUCAAUAUGACCACGCGAGGGACAAGCUUGGGGCGGACUCCUCCUUCCAGAGUGCCCCCCCGAGUGAGAUGAGAAGCGGUGCUUAUGGAGGCGGGGGGGUAGGCAGUAGUAGUCUGGCCCAGAGGGGCGUUGCCCUAGGCGCAAUCAAUCACGACCACAUUAGUCACGGCGCAGUCAAUCACGCCCAAAUUAGUCACAGCGGAGUGGUGCGCCACUACCCACGCAUGGAGGAAGAAGCGUCCUCCUUCCAGAGUGCAUACUUUAACGGUGGUGCGAGGGCGGACAUGCAAAUGGGUGCGGGUGGUACCUGGGCCUCCCAUCCCUGCGGCGAAAGGAGACAUCCCAGUGGGCACCUCCUAGAGGGAGCGAAGCCGCUACUCGAUUGUGAAACAAACCUCGUGCAAAGCGAUUUCGUUGAGAGACGUGUGGGGAAGGAAACUACUCUGAGCCCCUUUGGCAACACCGCGGAGGCGACAAGCCAGCUGCACCAUUUUAGUAGCAACGACAAAAGUAGGCUGAUGGACUUUUUCAACGAAGAUAUUAAAUUUAUAAAAGAGGGAAACGAUUUGGGGUAUAACCCAAGCGCUUCGUUGGUGGGGAGGAAAAGGACACACCAAGCCCCCAUCGACUUGGCCAACUAUACCUUCAAGGAUGAAGUGUGUAGAAGGAGUAACGCAGUGCAACCCAUGCAUGUCACCCACGGAGUGGCCAAGCCAAGUGAACGAAUGAUUUACCUCAACCGUAAUGAUACAAUUACCCGUUUGAGCACCCUAGGGAAAAAUGAAAACGCAGGUGCUGCAAGGGUAGGCGGCCCAGGUAUGCGGGAGCCACACCCAGACGACCCUUUCGUGGACCCUUCCAUGGACCCCUUCACGGACCCUUUCACAGACCCUUUCUGCGGUAGGAAAACCAUGGGGGAGAAUUACGCACAUGUUUCAUAUGACAAAAAAAAAAAAUUAGACUUGAUCGAUUCGUUUUCAUAUGAUUAUAAAAAACAGCAGGAUGAAGGUGAUAGGCUGGGAGGGUUGCCUGGGGGGCAUGGCGGCGCUUCAUCCUUCCAGGACUUUAAGCGACGCAGAUUUUAA